AUGGAUGCGCCGACAGAGAAGUUCGUGCCUUCAUGGCCAUCGACGGCGGAUUCCAAGGCCAUGAAAGGUUGUGGGCUGGCAAAUCUGACGUGGGUCGGUGUCGACAAGGAGGAGCUUCGUCAGAGGCUGAUGAUGCCUGAAUACCUCCGUCUGGCCAUGCGUGACUGUAUCAAACGGAAAGAUUCCUCCGCUAUUCCUGACCAUUUGCUCCUUCCCGGUGGCGCCGUCGCCGAUAUGGCCCCUCACGCGCCAAUGGUUGUGUUCAUCAACCCCAAAAGUGGUGGUCGUCAUGGUCCUGUGCUCAAAGAGAGGCUUCAACAGCUGAUGAGCGAAGAACAGGUGUUUGAUCUGACGGAAGUGAAGCCACAUGAGUUUGUAAGAUAUGGAUUGGCGUGUUUGGAGACAGUGGCGGAUAAAGGAGACGAAUGUGCAAAAGAAUGCAGAGCAAGGUUGAGGAUUAUGGUUGCAGGAGGUGAUGGCACUGUUGGUUGGGUUCUUGGAUGUCUCGGAGAGCUUAACAAAGAGGGAAAGCUACCAAUUCCUCCUGUCGCCGUUAUCCCUCUCGGUACCGGAAAUGAUCUUUCAAGAAGUUUUGGUUGGGGUGGUUCGUUCCCUUUUGCAUGGAGAUCUGCGGUUAAGAGAACACUCCACCGUGCAAGCAUGGGUCCAGUUGCUCGACUAGACAGCUGGAAGAUUUUGGUGUCAAUGCCAUCUGGAGAAGUUGUGGAUCCUCCUUAUUCGUUAAAACCAGCUGAAGACAAUGAGCUUGAUCAGGGUUUGGACGCUGGAAUAGACGCGCCUCCAAUGGCAAUGAAUUACGAAGGCGUGUUCUACAAUUACUUAAGCAUAGGUAUGGAUGCUCAAGUUGCAUAUGGCUUCCAUAAUCUUCGCAACACUAAACCGUAUCUUGCUCAAGGCCCUAUUUCAAACAAGAUUAUUUAUUCUGGUUUUGGCUGCACUCAAGGUUGGUUUUGCACGCCUUGUGUCAGUGAUCCAGGUCUAAGGGGACUAAGGAACAUAAUGAGAAUCCACAUCAAGAAGGUUAACUGCUCUGAAUGGGAAGAGAUUGAAGUACCGAAAAAUGUGAGGUCAAUUGUGGCAUUGAAUCUUCAGAGCUAUGGAAGUGGAAGUCAUCCUUGGGGUAACUUAAAACCGGACUAUCUAGAGAAGAGAGGAUUUGUGGAGGCACAUUGUGAUGAUGGUUUGAUAGAGCUUUUCGGUUUCAAGCAUGGUUGGCACGCGUCGUUUGUCAUGGCUGAGCUCAUCUCUGCCAAGCACAUAGCUCAGGCUGCUGCGGUUAGGUUUGAGCUGAGAGGAGGUGAUUGGAGAGAUGCGUUCUUGCAAAUGGACGGAGAGCCAUGGAAGCAACCAAUGAGCGCAGAGUAUUCGACGUUUGUGGAGAUCAAAAAGGUUCCUUUUCAGUCUCUGAUGAUAAAUGGGGCUUGA